AUGCCCGCAUCCAAGCGGCAAGCUCCGCGCUUCAAGACAAUACAACAACUGCAACUCGACUACGCUCCCGUCAACAUCACCCAAUAUGAGUCGACAAGAACUGGCAUGCGGCUUGCCGUUGUGGACAAGAAAGGUCCCAAAGUCGAAGGAGAGUUCGCUCUGGCUACCGAAAUCAACGACAAUUCUGGCGCGCCACACACUCUGGAGCAUCUGGUCUUCAUGGGCUCCAAGUCAUACAAGUAUACUGGACUACUGGAUCGACUGUCUUCACGGGCCUUCUCUACCACUAACGCUGGCACCGCAACAGACUACACUUCAUACUCGCUCAAGACCGCAGGAUGGGAAGGAUUCUCGCAGAUUCUACCAGUCUAUCUGGAACACUUGAUCGUGCCAACCAUGACCGAUCCGGCCUGUUACACAGAAGUGCAUCACAUCGACGGCACUGGUCAUGACGCCGGAGUGGUAUAUUCUGAGAUGCAAGCUCGUGAGAACACCCCGAGCGAUUUGAUCGAGCUUCAUCGAAGGGUCCUGAUGUAUCCUGAGGGCAAUGGCUUCCGUUCCGAGACUGGCGGCAUGACCAAGGAACUGAGAGCCCUGACGGCAGAUCGCAUUCGAGCAUACCACAAGGAGAUGUAUCAGCCCAAGAACUUGCGUGUGAUUAUCACGGGUGAGGUGGAUCACGAUGAGCUUCUACAGAUCUUAGACGACUUUGAGACCACAAUCGUUGAGGAUGUGCCAAGACUAGAAGACCCCUUCCGGAGGCCGUGGGUCGAUUCGAAGCCUACGCCAAAGCUUACAGAGACCAAAGUUGAUACGAUUCAGUUCCCAGAAGAGGACGAGUCCAUGGGUGAGCUCACGGUUGGCUGGCUUGGACCAAACUGUGACGACGCUCUUGCAGUAGCUUCGUUGACAGUCCUGCUUGCGUACCUCGCAGACUCACCGAUCAGCGUGCUAGAGAAUACAUUGGUUGAACGAGAACAGCUAUGCAGCGCCGUCUACUACGAGGUUGAGACACGUCCAGAUAUUGUGACAUGGUUCUACCUGACAUCCGUGGAGACAGAUCAGCUACGUGCAGUCUACGAGCGUCUCAUCGCGGUACUGAACGAGACUCUCGAGAAGCCGCUGGACAUGUCGUACUUGAGCGACUGCAUCAAGCGCGAACGACGACAGCUCAAGGAACGUGCAGAAAGCUCGGAAGACUUCUUCACACAGCCUCUGAUUGAGGAUCAUUGCUUCAGUGACCGAGAAGGCCGCGCACUCAAGGACAUCGAAACCCUGUCAGAACUUGACACGCUAGCGACGUGGACAGAGCAGCAGUGGAAGGAAGCAUUGUCGAAGUACUUUAUCGACAACCAUCACGUGUGUGUUCUUGGCGUGCCUUCGAAAGAGCUCUCAGAGCGCAGUACGAAAGAGGAGAAGGAUCGUGUCGAAGCACAGAAGAAGCGACUCGGACCGGAGGGACUGGAGAAACUCUCCAAAAAGCUCGAGGAAGCGAAGGCAGCGAACGGCAAGCCGAUACCUGAUGAACUGCUCGAGCAAUUUCCAGUACCGAGACCAGAAUUGGUGCCAUUCAUCUCGACGACAACGGCACGAUCAGGCGCUGCACGCAAGAUGGGAGCCCUCGAUAAUGAGAUUCAACACAUCAUCGACAAGGCCGACGACGGCUCGCCACUGUUCAUACACUUCGAGCACAUACCUUCCAACUUUGUCAAGAUCAAGCUGUAUAUGGGUACUACUGGCGUACCUGCAGAGCUUCGACCUGUACUCAGUCUAUACCUCAACAAUCUCUUCACCACACCAGUGUACAUUGACGGCAAGCGGAUCGAGUUCGAAGAUUUGGUCACCGAGCUGGAGAAGGAUACAAUCUCAUAUUAUGCGAACUCAUCCUAUGGCAAUCAGCAAAUGGUGGCCAUCACUGCCAUGACCGAGCCAGAGAGCUACGCCAAGGUCAUCUCACGCAUUCGGACGGUGCUUUUUGAUGCGAUACACGAUCCAGUACGACUUCACGCAUCCCUGACCAAGAUCUUGGCAGAUAUUCCAGCCGAGAAGCGUGCUGGCGAUUCUAUGGUCUGGGCUGUCAACUCGAUGAUAUCCUCCAACCGCAACGCCAACCGUCAUGCUACCAACACAUUGACCAAGGCCCUUCACCUCAAGCACCUCCGCAAGCUGCUCAAACAAGAGCCGCAAGCAGUCAUCGCGAAGCUCCAAACCCUCUGCGAUACCCUUCACCGGCCUGAGAACUUCCGCGCCGUUGUCAUAGCGGACAUCACCAAGCUCCCAGAUCCUGUAUCCGCCUGGCAGAAUCUGACGAAGAACUUGUCCACGACCAACAAUCUCGAGCCUUUGGAUGACCUCAAGUCGACCAUUAGCGACGUUGGCAACACCCCAGGAACAGCAGCCUACAUCAUCCCCAUUACUGCCGUAGACAGCUCCUACAUCGUCCUCACAUCACUUGGUCCGAAUUCUUAUCAACACCCAGAUCUCCCCGCGCUGAUUGUCGCCAUCGCAUUCCUUCGUGCUGUAGAGGGGCCACUUUGGACAUCGAUUCGUGGCACAGGCCUCGCCUACGGCGCCUCAAUCCGCCGCAGCAUCGAACUAGGAAAACUCCACUUCUCCAUCGACCGCGCCCCCAACUGCUUCAAAGCCUACGCCGCCGGCAAAGCGGAAAUCGAAUCCUACGCAAACGGCACCAAACCCCUCAAAAAGCUCGCCAUUCAAGCCGCCGUAGGCGAGAUUGUCUACGAGAUGGCCGAGGAGGGCGCGACCAUGGGCUAUGCCGCGGACGAAUCCUUCAUCACCCAAGUCCUACGCGGGCUCGACAAGGACUACAAUACACAGCUCCUGAAGCAGAUCGGGCAAGUCGAGCCGGAGGAUGCAAAGAGGGCGAUUGAGAAGUGGCUUGUGCCGCUUCUUAGCGCGGAGACGGCGAAUAUGGUUGUGACUUGUGCUGCUGGUAUGGCGGACGACCUUGUCACUAACUUUAAGAGUGUCGGCUUCAAGGUGGAGUUGAAGAAGCUGGAGGACUUUCAGGAUGAUUAUGGGCUUAAGGAGCCGGAGGGUGAGGAUGUUAAGGAUGAUGAAGACGAUGACGAAGACGAUGAGGGCGAGAGUGGAAGCGAGGGGGAGGAUGAGUAG